AGAUAUGAUACAAUAGAAUUUAAAUUAACAAUCAAAACAAACAUUGUAUUUAAAGUAACAAUACUAUAUAAUACAAGAGGUAACAACCAUCCAAACAAGCUCUGACAAGAGAAGAAAAAAAAGAGUUAACAAGAAGACCAAAAAUGGCGCCGGUGCCGGAGGAAACAACGGCGAUAGAAUACGUGAUGGAUGCAGCUUCUGGUGCACACUUUUCCGGUCUCCGAUCUGAUGGCCUUCUCACUUCUAGCUCAGCUUCUCCACGCGCUUCUACUACUCACUCCCACGCAAUUUUCCACCACUAUCUCUCUUGAUUCCACUACCCCUAAACAGCCUUUCGUCAUCGGUAAUGUUAAUCCCACUAUUCAUUGUACCACUUCUACUACUAUGGAUGAUGAUGAAGGCCUUGGUAGUUUUAAUAUUUUUUCUAAAUUUUCUAACACUCAAACUAGUAGCAGGAACAUUGAUGAACUUCAAUUCUACUUGCAAAAGAAAAAAGAGCCUCGCACAAAGAAAUUUUCACCGUUGGGAUGGUGGUAUGGGAAUGAAAAGCAAUUUCCCGUUCUUUCCGCUAUGGCUCGGGACGUGCUGAAUGUGCCAAUUUAAACUGUUGCAUCAGAUAGUGCAUUUAGCCAAGCAAGACAACAACUUGGAGACACCCACCACUUAUUGGGAAGCAAUGCUUUCGAAGUUUUAGUACGUUUUAGAGAUUGAAUUAGAUCAGAACGAAGAAAUCAAGGACGUGAAGAUGUCGAUAGCCCAGGAGACGAGGAAC